CCUCUCUCUCGUCCAUCCCCUCUGAUUCAUAUCUGUUGGCAUUCAGUCAGGCACCAUGCAGGACUCGUCGACGACCAGCCUCCUCCACUCGGUGACCUUCUCAUGCGACGACUACAAGCGGCUGCCGCCGUCCAACCGAGAGUGCCUGCUCACGGACGCCAAGCGACUGGCGGGCAAAUACGAGGAGCCUCAGGGCAAACCGAGCCUCGAGGAGCCUCGAGGACGUCCUCGAGGCGGUGCUCUUCACCAGAGAUGAAUUCUCGCAGCUGACGCCCAUGGACAGGCAGGAACUACUCAGGAAUGCACUCAUACUCCACGAGAGAGGUCAGGGAGGGCGGGGAGUGUGGUCUGUGAGGGGCGUGGGGGGAGAUGAGAUGAGAAGAGGUGGUCUGUGGCCGUGCUGCGGUGCGUGUGGUGGGUUUGGUGCCCGGAUGUGGCGCGGAACGAACGUCGGUACCUGUCUCGUGUUCGUGUGUGCGUUGCUGUGUGCAGGCCAGCGUCUGAAGAAAGAGGAGCUCCCAUCGGAGAACAACAACCACCCCGCCGAAGCUGUACGCGUACGCACACCUACACCGCACACCUGCACAGACGCACACAUACAGACCAAGAGCGGUCAAGACGUGCCAGCGCCUCCACCCCACAAGCGAGGUCCCCCUCCCAAGCGUAUCGCUGACUUCCCGCCCGACGAACAAGGCAAACCGAAGCGGCACCGGAUAGCUGUCAAGGACUUCUUGGAAGGAGAUGCCGGCGCGCCAAGCAGCAACUCAUCAGAGGCUGGUGCUGCUGAUGACGAGCGUCAAGUGGUGCUCAACGACUGCUCGGUGGGCAUCAGCUUUCCCGCCGACACGAAUGACGUCAGCGAGCGUUUGGUUUGUCGGAUUCUGCGGCGGAACAUCACGGGGCGUGGCGUGUCGAGGCUCAUCGACAAGGGGGCGGAUGCGGUGCUGAAGGUGGGACUCCCGGGCGUGAAGGUGCCAAGCAACCGCCCCUGGUGGGCCAAGAAGGUCAAUCACGGGACAUCUCCUGAGUUGCGUCUGCUUCAGUUGGCGAUUGACGAUCCCACAGGCAAGCCAACAAGGCAAGAACAUCAUGUGUGUCACUUUGCGAUUGUGGUAUCUUGAUUGCCGUUGCCAUCAGGCGGAUGCCCUGGCCUCAAGGGACACAUGAGCAGCACGAAGGAGGCUGCAGUCCAACUUGUUCUUCCCCUGUGGCCAUCUCGCGAGCGACAGAGGGAGGUCCUCGAAGCGCUCAUUGCGGGGGGAGCACCUAUUGACAAGAAGUCGAUCACAACUGCCUUCCAGAAGGCCAACCACACCGCUCUCGACACGUUUCUCAGCCACAGACACCUCGCUGACGACCAAGCGCUCUUCUUCAUUGAUGAAGACCACAGGCCUUGCCCGCCCAAGGACGUCUAUGAGCAGUACUUCGACGCUCUUCUCCCGUGCAUUCGCCGACUGCUCGAGCACGACAGCAGCCUGGCGACCGAGGAGUUGCAUAACGAAUAUCUGCCCAUUCACUCAGUGGCUAAGCAUGCGUCUUUCACCAAGAACUUCACAAGUCAGCCGGCAUUCUCAAUCACACACACGCACUGACAGUGUGACUAAGUGUGUGUUUGACUUUUCAGUUGGUUUCUGUGAGCUGCUCUACGAGUUCGGCUCCCCACUCAACAGUAAAGAGGACAGCGACUACGACGGUUAUGGAAUGAGGCCGAUCGACCAGGCAAAAGGCGCCGACGAGCCCUGGUUACUGGAGUUCUUGUGCAAGCGUCUGCCAGCUAGUGUGCUCGUGAGGAGAGGCCCUGAGCUGAUGCGCUGUUUCAGUGGUGACGCUGAGUGUGCUCAACGGCAUGCUCGUAAGGAAGCGACCCAGGCAUUGGAGAAACGUUACAAGAGGAGGGCAGAGGCGGCCAAGGAGAAGAUCCGACUGCUGUUGCGUGCCGGCGUGGCACUGCCUCUACCAGCUGCCCACAUCGCUACCACCAGGAAAGGCGAUCCAGCGCUCAAGGCAGCCAACCGUGAGCGCCAGGUGAUCAAGCGUGAGUAUGUGGGCGUCCUCAACCGUAUCCGUCAUGACGUCAUGAACACCGUCAACGCUGCACUCAGGCCUCAACGUGACUUCGCCGCUCUGCUCACCCAUCUGCUGCCCCUCGCGCCUCACAAUGACGGCCCCCCUGAUGAUCCCGUCCCCUCCAUCCUCCAUUUCGGCCCAGAAGAGGCAGCGGCGAUCGCCUGGCACAUUGCGGCAUUGUGCUUCGAUAUCGACACUGCUCACCAGACCGUCAGCGACAUUCAGCUCCGCUCCCACAGCAGACUCGGCCAUCGCAUCCACACGGCAAUGGACCACUUCGUCGCCUCUGCUGUGUUUCACGCCAGCGGCAACACAGCGGUGGUCGGCGGGAGGCACGAGGAGGACGGCCAGGUGGUGCAUGCCCCACCACUGCAGUGCUUCGCAAUACGGGGAGAGGAGGGUGGGCAGCCUCGUGUGUUGGGUCUACGGGAGGUGGUGCACAAGGCACGGCUUGACGAAGCGACGGAGCACUGCCUGAGGGGUGUGGUCAAGGGCUUUCACGAGCACCUCGGCGAUGCAGACUGUCACUUCGAGUGGGACGGGCUGGGCUUUGUCGACGAUGCGGGGGAGUUCGUCUCGAUGGCCGACUGCUUUGCCGUGCCUGAGAUUGAAGGUGGGAUCGAGGACGAGGGGGAGAGAGGAUGAUGAGGACGGAGGUGAGGAUGAGGAUGAGGACGAGGACGAGGAUGAGGAUGACAAUGAGGACGGCAAUGGCGAUGAUGAGGUUGACGAUGAAGAUGGUGAUGAGUCGAUGUCUGAUUGACAUCAUGAAGGAGCACGGGGAGGGGUCGGUGGGGGUACGUAUGAUGGCUUCCAUGAGUGCAUUGUUUCCCGUCACCGGUUGUCUCCACGGCUGUCUUUCGUUUGCAUGAAGCUGCUGGCCCUGUCUGGUACGGAGGCUUACCGUGUGGAAGUGCCUCUCUUUUUCUCUGCCCUGUCCCCUGCCUGCGUCUUGUGCAGUCUUGUGUUAUGUUGACCAAUGCGCUCGAUGCAUGUGAGAGCGUGGGUGUGUCAUAUUGACUGAUCCAGACGUAUUUUUGCGUGUGCAUCAGACGGUCGUCUGAGUGAGCGAUGCGCAUGGCGAUUUAAUGACUCUCCC